AUGAUCCUAAAUAAGACAUUAACAAGAUUACAACUACAAAGUAAACUUAAACAAAAAAAUUUAUUUAAUUCCUCUAUUAAAUUCAAACAUCUAAUUAUAUCAAAAGCAAUGGUUCAUAAUAAAGUUACUAUUAUUGGUUCAGGUCCAGCUGCUCAUACUGCUGCCAUUUAUUUAGGUCGUGCAGAAAUUCCUCCAACCAUGUAUGAAGGUAUGAUGGCCAAUGGUAUUGCACCAGGUGGUCAAUUAACAACAACUACAGAAAUUGAAAAUUUUCCAGGUUUUCCAAAUGGUUUAAUGGGUGGUGAAUUAAUGGAUAAAAUGAAAGAACAAUCAAUUAAAUUUGGUAAUAAUGUUAUUACUGAAACUAUUUCAAAAGUUGAUUUAUCAUCAAGACCAUUUAAAUUAUGGACAGAGUUUAAUGAAGAUGAAGAACCAAUUACUACUGAUUCAUUGAUUAUUUCAACAGGUGCUUCAGCUAAAAGAUUACAUUUACCAGGUGAAGAAACUUAUUGGCAACAAGGUAUUUCUGCUUGUGCAGUUUGUGAUGGUGCAGUUCCAAUCUUUAGAAACAAACCACUUGCCGUUAUUGGUGGUGGUGAUUCAGCCUGUGAAGAAGCUUCCUUUUUAACUAAAUAUGGUUCAAAAGUUUAUUUAAUCGUUAGAAAAGAUUAUUUAAGAGCUUCCACUAUUAUGCAAAGACGUGUUGAAAAAAAUGAUAAAAUUGAAAUUUUAUUUAAUACUGUUCCAUUAGAAGCUAAAGGUGAUGGUAAAUUUUUAAAUGCUUUAUUAGUUAACAAUGUUAAAGAAAAUAGACAAUAUGAUUUACCAAUAAAUGGUCUAUUUUAUGCUAUUGGUCAUAAACCUGCUACAGAAAUUGUUAAAGGUCAAAUUGAUAUGGAUGAAACUGGCUAUAUUAAGACUGUUCCAGGUACUUCUUUAACAUCUGUUCCAGGUGUUUUCGCUGCCGGUGAUGUUCAAGACUCUAGAUACAGACAAGCCAUCACUUCUGCUGGUUCUGGUUGUAUGGCUGCUUUAGAUGCUGAAAAAUACCUUUCUGAACUUUACGAAUAA